CUUUGACAACCUUCUCAUAGUCGUUUGGCCACAUUGGGUCAUAUUCACCUUCAACAUUCCAAUCAGAAUCUCGUGGUGGUACAUUCGUCAAAAGAGACCCUUUUCCUUCCUGAAUUAGAACGUUAUCGACUUCAAGAGGUAACUUCUUUCCUGAAUUAUAGCUCCCAAAGCUUGAAUUAGAAUUUGAAUCUUCUUCAUCUUUCCUGGAUUUUAGGUCAAUCACAGGUGCAAGACUAGUACCAGCCUUCCGAAGAGCAUCUCUUCUUGGCUGUGUCUGGGCUGCCUUUCUCAACUGCAUUUGGGAUUGUAACAAUUUAAUUCCAGAAGACCAGCCAGCAACUUGUUCGCUCUUCUGCUUGGUAUCCACAUCAUCGUACAGAGACAUUUUUAAGAAUUGUUAUUAAUAUGGAAACACAAACGAAUUCUUAUGCUCCUUUCUGAAAUGAAUAGUCUAUAUUGAGAGAAAACACAGUGCCAAAGUUGUGAUCUUGCUUCUGAUGAAUAGAAACAUUACACUACAUCACAUAACACCAACGUCGUCCUUACUAUAAGGUAAACUAAUUACAUCAAAACGUAUAUAUAUAUCUUCAAUUAAUUUGAGUUUACACUUAAAUUAAACGUGGUAGAACGAAGGGAGAAAAAUCAGUAAGACGAGCACCAACGUGUAAGAAAUUACACGGACACAUAACCAAACUAUAGUUCACAACUGUUGUAACAAGCGGCCAUUGGCGAACCCCAAAGAAUAUUGAUAUAAACUGCAGGAUGGUGCAUGACGGGGACUGUGGGCGGUGGCGGGGAGGUAGAGCCGAAAUAACCAGUGAAGUAGAAUAUAGCCAAAGAGUAUGCAUUGGUGUAUAUAGCCAAGUUGUCAAUGAUUGUGAACACUGUACAGAAUUGAACCACCGAGCCAAGAAGUGAAGUGUUGUGAAGUGCUGCGCGGUGUGAUUUGUCUGAAUGCCCAAGUGAAUAGGCGAGAGGUUUAAGGAAUUCCAUGGUAUACUAAAGACGACCUUUGUAUACUUAUCCAUUGAUUAUAAUAAAACAAGUUUGAUAAGCCACUGUCAAAGAAUGUAAAUCUCCUGAACUGUCAUCGUCCUAACUUUAGACUUUUUUUACAUCAUUUUCCUUUAAGUGAGUUUCUUUUGUAUAAAACGUAAUUAAGAGUUUCCUAAAGCAGUAAUAACCUUUAUGUAUUUACUUUACUUCUAAAGGUUCUGAAUAGCAUGUGUAUGAUGCUAUUGCUUAGGAAGAUGAUCAGAAGUGAUUUAUGUAGCAAAUAAAAUAAUAUCACGAUCUUCAGAAGUCGAUUUUGCACUUUAGUACCAAAAGGACUAGAACUAAUGUAGUUCCGUCACAGCGAGAGUAUUAAUAAGAUUAUAGCGCGAGUCCGUGUUAUUCUGCAUGAAUUCAGUUCGUCGUUCGUGGUGUUCGUUCUCUAGGUUAGUAGCACGUGCCUCUGUUAUGAGGAUGAGUUCACUUGCUGAAAACGACGUCUGUGGAACUCGUGAAAAUGAAACCUGUCAAACACGUGAUGGUGAUCCUUCUGUUAUUCAAGAAGGCAAAGCGGAAAUCCUUAUACCAGAAUCCAAAAACGUGUUCUACAAUCCUGUACAGGAAUUUAACAGAGAUCUGAGCAUAGCUGCUCUCACUGUCCUUGCUAAGGAACAUUUCCAAAAAUUGGAAGAAAAAAAAAUCAAGGAAGUCAGUAAUAAAACAGAAAAGUCAAAUGAAAUUGGUGGUGAAGUCCACAAGGACGGAAUUGUUAUUAUUGAAGCCCUAUCGGCUACUGGUUUGCGAAGUAUUCGAUAUGCAAAGGAAAUAAGUGGUGUUAAGCAGGUGAUAGCAAAUGACAUAUCUGAAACUGCUGUAAAAAGUAUUAAGGAAAAUGUAACAUUCAAUGAAGUGGAUUCUUUAGUGACUGUGAGUCAUGAUGAUGCAGUGUGCUGUAGUAUUAACUUGUGGGUAAAUAAUAGUAGAUGUCGGGUAAAGUAUUCAUAUUUGAUGUUUAGCAUGCUGAUGUACGCCCAUCGUCACCCGUCCAAACGUGUCCAUGCUGUUGACUUGGACCCAUAUGGUUGUCCAACACAGUUUCUUGAUGCUGCUGUGCAGUGUGUAACUGAUGGUGGCCUUCUCCUAGUUACGUGUACUGACAUGGCAGUUUUAGCUGGUAAUGCCCCUGAAACAUGUCAUGCCAAGUAUGGUGCUAUUUCAUUGAGAACCAAGGCUUGCCAUGAAAUGGGUCUGAGAAUAAUAUUACAGUGUAUUGAGACUCAUGCAAAUCGUUAUGGACGAUAUAUAGUGCCAAUGUUGUCUGUGAGUGCAGAUUUCUACAUUCGAGUUUUUGUUAAAAUAUAUUCAGGAGCAGCUAUGUGUAAGAGAUCUACAAGCAAACUCUCUCUUGUUUUCCAAUGUGUUGGUUGUGAAACACAUGUUUUUCAUCCCUUAGGAGUAGCACAUAAAUUUGGUGAGAAGGUUAAUCAGUAUAAGUUCUCACUACCACAUGCCCCAGUUAAUGGAGUUUGUGAGCAUUGUGGACAGAAAUUUCAUAUUGGUGGUCCCAUUUGGAAUGGUCCUCUUCAUGACGAAUCUUUUGUAUCAGAGUUGAUCAGCAUCACUGAUCCAGAGCGAUUUAGAACAGCACGACGUAUGGAAGGAGUGUUAACAGUGAUACAAGAGGAGUUACCAGACGUUCCAUUGUACUAUUCAGUGGAUAAACUAUUUUCCACAGUUCGAUGUGAAAUAAUGUCAAUGAUGUUAUUUAGGUCAGCGUUAUUGAAUGCAGGUUAUCGAGUGUCAUUGUCUCAUGCCAGCAAGUACUCUAUAAAAACAGAUGCUCCAGCAAAUGUAGUUUGGGAUGUGGUACGAACAUGGCAGCUCUCUCACCCUGUCAAGACUGAAAGACUUUCUAAUGCUGGUUCUGCUAUCUUAGCAAAAUCACCAUCAACAGUAGUGUCCUUGGAAAAACAUCCUGAUGCAAACCCAAAUUCUCGGCAAAUGGGUCUUUUUUCAGGAUCAGAAAAUGGAAAAAAGUAUUCAAAACCAAGGAAAGCAUAGUAAGAAGCAAAGAAAGCGCAGAAGAUCACAUUCAAAAAGUCCUGAAAUUCAUAAAAAAAAUAUGACUGAAAAUAUAUCAAAUUCUUCAGAUAACAAUAAUCUGUCAGAAAAAGAUACAGAAAUGAAGGAAGAUAAAUGAUCAGUGAAAUUUGUAAAUAAAAUAUUUUAAUAUUUGUUUGGUUACCUUAUUCCUACCGGCACAUAUUCCCAUGUCCAACGAAUAUGCAUUUGAGCAAUUGCUCUGUACGUCCUUAGUCUAAUAAAUUUUUUCUUUAAAUUUUCUAAAACUAUUACACAGGAAAGAAAUAAACAAUUUGUGACUUUACAACAUCACAUUUUCUCGUUUUAAAUCUGACAAUUAUGUAUUCCAGAAUGAACAACUUAAAAUCAAAUGUAUUUAUUGUCAUUUAUCUUGAACUGUACAGUGUUGCCACAUGGCUUUGAGAGCCUCUUCGCCAAAUUGUCAGAGAGAAAUAAAUUUAAAGGAAAAUAGGGAAUAGAAAAUAAAAUAUUUUAUUACUUCCGGGGCCCCAUUCAAAUCAGGAAGACCACAGCCGAUCCUGUG